GCGUCCUCCAAACCGGAAAUGUAGGGUGUUUGCCGUUCUUAAUCGUCCUCUCCUCUUUAGCCUUUCCAGCUCCCGCGAAGCAAAGAUUUUUCCCUCCGCGGUGUCGUUCCGUGCCUUGCUUGCAAUUCAAUUGGCCCGCCUUCCCUCACGUGACCACGGCUUUUCCGAGGCUAGGGCUAAGCGCCAUCUCUCCGGCCCGACGCUGCUGGGGCCGAAGGAAGAAGUCUUCUGCGGAGGCCGUGCAAUGGGCGGGUGCGCUGAGCGUGAGAUUUUGUCUGUCUGUCUCAGGAGACCCUGAAAUGCAAAGUGUGAAUUCAGAAAGCCUGUUCUAAAACCAUGACUCUGACACAGGUUCUUUGUAGGAGUCCCUCUUUACUGAAAUCUUUAACAGCAACCAGUUUGGGAAGAAUAUUGAAGUCUCCUAUAUGUUAUUGGAAUAAUUAUUUAAGAGAGGUCUCUGUUCAUGGUGGCAAGUUCUUUUCUACUAAAAUAGUCCUGGGAAUAGAAACUAGCUGUGAUGAUACAGGAGCUGCUGUGGUGGAUGAAACUGGUAGCAUUUUAGGAGAAGCAUUACAUUCUCAAACUGAUGUUCAUUUAAAAACAGGUGGCAUUAUCCCUGCAGUAGCACAACAGCUUCACCAAGAAAAUAUUGCAAGGGUGGUACAACAUGCAGUCUCAGCCAGUGGUGUCAGUAUGGAUGAUAUCUCGGCUAUUGCAACAACAGUGAUGCCAGGACUUGCGUUAAGCCUUGGAAUUGGAUUGAAAUAUAGUUUAGGACUGGUGAAGAAGCAUCAGAAACCUUUCAUCCCUAUCCAUCAUAUGGAAGCACAUGCACUCACUGCCCGACUGACAAAUUUCGUAGCAUUUCCUUUUCUUGUCCUUUUGCUCUCUGGGGGUCAUUGUAUACUGGCAGUAGCGCAAGGAGUUUCAGAUUUUCUUCUCCUUGGACAGACAAAGGACAUUGCACCAGGGGACAUGCUUGAUAAGGUAGCUAGAAGACUUUCUUUACAUAAGCAUCCAGAAUGCUCUGGCAUGAAUGGUGGAAGAGCAAUAGAAAUCUUGGCCCAGCAGGGUAACAUUCUGCAAUACAAAUUCAGAAUCCCCAUGCAGCGAUACCGUGAUUGCACUUUCUCUUUUGCUGGACUGCAAAGUGAAAUUGUUAGAACGAUUUCAAAAGAAGAAGAAGCAGAAGGCCUUCAGGAAGGGCAACAUCUCUCCUGUCUUUCGGACCUUGCUGCGGCAGUCCUGUAUACAAUGACUGUCCACAUUGCCGAGCGAACACACAGGGCCAUUUUCUUCUGCAGAGAGAAAGGAAUCAUACCCCCAGGAAAGGAAAUUUUGGUGGUUUCAGGGGGUGUCGCAAGUAACCAAUAUAUCCGUAGAACUCUGCAGCUUGUAGCAGAUGCUACUAAUUUCACAUUGGUAUGUCCACCUCCAAAGCUUUGCACUGACAACGGUGUUAUGAUUGCAUGGAAUGGCAUUGAAAAGCUUUCUGCAGGCUCAGGUAUCUUUUAUAAUGUAGAAGAUUUCAGGUAUGAACCAAAAGCUCCCCUUGGAACCGAUAUCUCAGAACAAGUAAAAGAAGCUUUCAUCAAAGUGCCAGCACUAAAUCUAGCAAUAUAAUGUUUGGUAUUUUUCAAUUGUUUGGAAAAAGUGAAUGUGUCAAUAUUAAACAGCUUUUAAUGGUGACUCCAUUUCA